CGUAUCUUAGGUUGGUAUUCACAGUCGCGUGAAACUAGCGAUACAUUUGAACUUAGAUGAAUAUUCCGCUGCCGCUUAUGAUCAAACUCUCUUCUCAAACUCUCUUUAACUCCUUAAUAUUUUGUUAGCUUAGCACACACUACCUGUGUGACGUAACUGGCGAAGCUAGAUUUUAAUUUAACGUUCAUAAUCGUCUUUACCUGCGUAAUAUUUGUUAGCCGACUUUAGUUUUGCCGCGCCUGGGAAUGGCUGAGCGGUAUCUAUACUACGUGUCUGGGGAGGUGCUCGAGAUCGCGGGACUCAGCAAGGCUGUUCUCAAGUUUGAGCUCGGCGGGAACAUUUGGAGGACAAUCCUUUGGUGUAAGAACUUCUUCCACGAGAACGAAUUCCUGGACAGCUACGCUUCUUUCAAUGGAAUCCUGAACGUAGGCGACCGCGUCACAUUCCACUGUCACCCUUACGAUAAGGAUCCAAACCCUGACGCAUGCGAGUAUUUCGCGGCGCGUGCGUGGCGCAGCCUCGACACGGACGAGCCGCUCACCAUCGCCAACCAACAGGGCCGCGUCGAGCUGCUCGAACCUGGCAAAGGCGUGCUGGAGUUCAUGUUCUUUGACAAGGUGGAGUCGGUUCUCUUUUUGAGGUCGAAGUAUUACAACUUUGGCCGAAAAAUAACGACGAAAGCGCUCACCGAGUUCCUCAAUUUGGACGACAUGGUUCAGUUCGACGCCGUUCGCUGCAAACCCACGCAGGACAACAAGCAUUGCUCGUGGAUGGCAAAGCUCGUGUGGAAGGGGAAGAAACCGACUUCCACGCUGCCCGGCUUGCUACCAAGCAUGCAUAAUGCUGCGUUGCACGACGACGCCGACGCCAUUGACGACGAUGGCGUCCCUGUCUCUGAGUCUGCCGUAAAUGCUGAGCAUAGGAGGUUGUAUCAAGAUUUUGAGAGUCACGCCAGUGAACGCAGCGGGUCGGGUGCGGUCAUGACGCUGCUGAGCGAGGAGGCGGGGGUGGCGCUGUGGUUACUCGCCCCCAACCGCUGGGAGACCGUCUUCUUCCACCGCUCCGUCGCCUUCCUCGACGACAUUCCUUUAGCCAAGUACAACCUCCAGGAAUCCUGUCCACAAUCGACAAAAGUGGAGCUGACAGCAGUGCCUUCAGUCGAGGGCUUCCCCUGCAAGUGGGUGGCACGGAGGGUCCUCAUCCCCGGCUAGUGGGUGGCACGGAGGGUCCUCAUCCCUGGCUAGUGGGUGGCACAGAGGGUCUUCAUCCCCGCGUCCCCGGCUAGUGGGAACAGUUCUCACCUGGCACUUGUACGUCUGUGAUCAUUAUUUAAGGCUAUUACUUAUGAUUGGUGGGGAGGCUAUUAGAUAUGCGAUUGUGGUCAUGAUACGGCUGAUUAAUUAGACCGAGUUUGAUUAGCUUUCAAGCAUUAUGUGUGUCUGUGUCGUGUAAUCGCUUGCAACAUUAAACUUAAUAACAUUGAAUAAUAGAAGUUAAUGGACUUAAUAACAAUGGGAUCAAUAUCGUCAUUGCGAAGAAGCGGUUUUAUUCAUUCCCAACUUGAUAAAGUCUAAUUAGAAGCUGGAAAAAUACGAGCUUCAUAAUGAAUAUAGCUACUAAAACUGAUGACUAUUGGGAUAAGAAAAAAUCGUACCCAAAGUUGCAUUUAAUUCAAUAGAUAUUGCUAUGCACUCAAAUCCUUGUAAUUACACAAUUAUUCUGAAGAAAAAAUUAUCAUUGAAAAUUAUCCACAAAUUUUGACAUAAACUGUUCAAUAGAUUUCAUCGAUUUGCACUCUAGCCGUCGGUCUAGCCUACUUUAUUGCAAGGUAACCAUGUUCUUACGCUCUUACUCGACCUUAACUAAAUACCUUAAAGAUUAUUGGAAGAUCUUUCAGGACGGAUUCGUUGAACGCUACACCAUUAACAGAGAUACAUAAGGUUCAUCUUAAAAAUUAGAUCAUAACGUACGAUGCAUGCUGCUACAGAUCUCUACAGUAGAAAAUACACAUUUCAGCACGGAACAGAUCUCGCUCUCCGAUAUUUAAUACUAAGAACUUGUGCACAAACUCGGAAGAGACGCACGUACAAAUUUGAUUGUAUUUAUGGACGAAUGAACUCCACAAAUGGAACUAGGAUGGAGGACGGAUUAGAGGUCUAAACAAUGUCCGCCAACGUCCUUUAAACCUCGCUUACCAGAUACGUCUUUAUGGUAAAAUGUUCAAGCUCAAGUUAACUAAUAUCAAACAUUACAGAGUUACAUUUGUGAACAUGAGAUUCAAAUGACGAAUACUUCAAUAUCUUUGCUUGAUCUUCACAAUUAGUCAUUUUCUGCAUAGCUUCCACAAUUCAAUUUGCUUAAUGUUAGUGGCAUAUCAUUUAAAGUUUUUUCGAUGUACCAGAACAAGUCAACCUCGUGCUAAUUAAUAAAAACUAUUUAUCUGUA